AUGGUUGUCUUUGGUGGGGAGGGUGACGGAGAGAUGUGGGGCUGGAGGCGUCCGUUGAGGGCGUGGGAGGAGGAGCUGUUAGAGGAGUGUAGGCUUUUAAUUAAUGGUGUCAUUUUGCAGCAUAAUAUCUCCGACAGGUGGCAAUGGGACUCGGAUUAUGGUGGCGGUUAUAGUGUGGGAGGCGCCUAUCAUCAUCUUACAACUCAAGCUGAACCUCCAGACGUUCCUUUGGGAGACCUUAUAUGGCAUAAGCAGGUGCCGCUCAAGGUUUCCAUUUUUGCUUGGCGAUUAUUGCGUGAUAGGUUGCCGACUAAGAAUCAUCUUUUUAGGCGUGGCAUAAUCAACAGCGAGGCUUGUAUGUGUGUCACAGGGUGCGGUAUGGAAGAGACUACAUCUCAUCUUUUUAUUCAUUGCACCACUUUUGGUUCUUUGUGGCAUCUUAUCAGGUCUUUGAUCGGAAUGUCAGGUGCUGACCCUUUUAAUAUUAAUGACCAUUUCAUUCAGUUUAUUCACUCUACAGGUCACUCAAAGGCUCGUCAGUCAUUUCUUCAACUUAUUUGGUUACUUUGUGUUUGGGUGGUUUGGAACGAACGUAAUAAUAGGCUUUUUAAUAAUAUCCAAACCACAGUUGACAAUCUAGCAGAUAAAGUUCGAUUUCAUUCUUUAUGGUGGCUUCAAGCUAACAACGCAAAUUUCAUGUAUGGUACCCAACGAUGGUGGUCGGACCCUUUAUUUUGUUUGGGUUUAGAUCGACCAUUGUUUUGA